AUGGAGGUAAAAAUCAUCGACAGAAAUGGCUGGAAGAGAUACAAUCUGGGUCAGGAUAAAUCUUCACACAGGUGUCACAUUAAAAAAGGUUUCAUUCUGCUGCUUGCAUUGACAUUCUUACUGUCUGCUAUUUUUUACAUUUCCGAUUACUCGCUAAAGCCAGCUAUGCCACCUAACACCUUGUAUAAAGUGGUAAAUCAGAUACGCUCCUAUUAUGUGGUGAUUGAUAUCCCUUCUGCCCAUGAUAAUAAAACACUGUUUUUAGCACCGCCACCCAAAGCUAAUCAACAAGUCCAACAAACAGCCACAACUACCAACAUUUCAAUGCGUCAUCAUGAUGCUUAUCCACGCAACUAUCAUUUCAUCCUGGAUGAACCUGAUAAAUGUCCCCAGCAGAAUCCAUUCCUGGUCUUGAUGGUCCCUGUGGCCCCUCAUGAGUUGGAGGCUCGAAGCGCCAUCCGGAGCACAUGGGGAAAAGAGAGCUCUGUCCAGGGAAAUGCAGUGAUGACUUUGUUCUUGGUGGGCUUGUCUGAAGGAGCUGAAAAUGAUAAAGUCCAACAGCAGCUACAGGAAGAGAGCCAACAACACCGAGACUUGCUGCAAAGCAACUUCGUCGACACGUACGUCAAUCUGACCAUUAAGACAAUGGUGAUCAUGGACUGGUUGGCCACUCGUUGCCCUCAAGCAUCUUAUGGCAUGAAGGUUGAUUCUGACAUAUUCUUGAAUGUGGAGAAUUUGAUGACUCUCCUAUUAGCCCCCAACACACCCAGACAGAACUACAUCACAGGUAUUGUGAUGUGGAACCGACCAGUCAUCAGAAACAAAGACUCAAAAUGGUAUGUGCCAGAGGAACUGUACCCAGAACCGAUUUACCCAACGUACCUGCUGGGUAUGGGAUAUGUUUUCUCCAAUGAUCUUCCAAAGAAAUUAGUUGAAGUUUCCAAGGACAUAAAGCCCUUUAACAUAGAGGACGCAUAUGUGGGUGCUUGUCUGAAACGUUUAAGCAUUUCACCCUCAAACCCUCCAGACUCUUCUCAAUUCAGAGCCUAUCUGGGUACGUAUAAACGCGAAGAGUUUAUGAGGGUCAUUACAACAAUCCUCAAUUCUCCGCAGCAGCUAAUAGACUUCUGGCAGGAUGUAAAGAGGCUCACUUGA